AUGCAUAUUAGAGCAUUACAUCAUCAGUUUUAUGAUUUCAUUUCUCAUUACAAUUUGUUUAUGGCAGAAGAAGAUGCCGAUGAUAACGGUGAUGCAAAUGCUGAAGCACGUCAAUCACCAACUGUUCUAAAACAGCAAAAAUAUUCCACUUGGAUAUACAUGUUUUUGCUCAUCGUAUGUCUUUAUUUUAUUUUCGUCAUGUCGAUCACAAAAACACAAGCUCGAACAAUGAUAAUAUUUGAACUAACUCUUUCUCGUUUCGGUCAACUUCAUCAAGAUCAUAAAGAAACACUUUCAUGCCCGUGUUCAAAUGCAACGAUGUCCUUGGGAAACUUUGUCAACAACAGCGUCACACUUCAUCCACUUUGUUCAAGUGCUUUCGUCACUAAACAAUGGAUUGAAGCACUGUAUUCAUCAGUAGCGAACCGAUAUUUGUUGAACGAUUUUCGAAAAAUAGCUAGUUAUCAAUUCUCAAUUCUGGCCGAUCUGUGUUCUCUCGCUAAAACUACGAUUACUUGGAGUGUAGCUGAUAUUGACAGAUAUGAACUAGCCACCACUCAUCUUCAUACGCUGGAACAAAUUCAAUCAAAGGUUCAAACUAUUGUUGAUUAUUUUAAGAAUAGCACGUCUAUUCAAGCCACUUCUUUUCUCAACUAUUUGAAAACACUGGGUAAGGCAAACUUUCUUAUAUCAGCUCUGAACACAAAUGCUCUCUUGAAAAUUACGAAACGUGAUUAUGGCUACAGCGUUACAUUGGAAGAAACCUACAUUGAAAUGAUUGAAAUGUUGAUUAUUAAACGUAAAUUCUACUGUAGCUAUACAGACGUACGCCAGUCGGCUGUUCUCACUUCAGACAAUAGUGCCAAGGAUCCAUCUAUAAAAACUCAUGAAAUUUGGAUAAGUACCCAGCCAAAGCUUGAGGUUACUGGAUUUGUCACAAGUUGUACGGUUCUCGAAGGAGUUCGCGCAAGUAAACUUGAUUGUUUGUAUGAAGUGGAAUGUCUCGAAUUCUUGUUCGAACACUUUCCAACUCUUGAGCAAACUAGCGAAAACUGGACUAGUAACAUUUUACUUUCAAACGACGAUUCAACAUCCGUGAACGAUUUCUUAUCUAACCUUUUCAUUCUCAAUUGGUCAGUGAAUAUUAACUAUUCAGUAUAUUUUAAUAAAUGUUCUCCUUUAUAUUGCACAUAUACUAAAACGAAUCGAGUGAAUCCGUCCUAUGCAAUUACACUUUUUAUUAGUCUUUACGGUGGUCUCGUUAUUAUAUUUCGUUUGGUUGCAGUGUUUUCAGUCAAUGUUAUGUUCGAAUGUUCGAAUCGAUUAUUGUCUCGAACAACUGGAAUUAUGCCACGAAAUACCAUAAAACAACAAUUGAUCCAUUCAAUACAAGCAGCGAAUUUGUUCAAAAAUAGCAAUGCGCAAAGAGAAAGCGAUAUCAAACAACAAAAGAUCAGCACAUAUGUUUAUUUAGUUUUACUACCAGGUACAUUUCUGGUGUUCUUUCUCGUCAUUUCUUUACGCCAAGAAACAAUGAUGGUAACUGAAGAAAAGCCAACGCUAAUGAAAUACAAUGAAUUACACAGCCUUUAUCCUAAAACAUUAAAAUGCUCUUGUUUCACCAUGACAACGCCUUACUCGAAAAUAGUCUCUUUAAUACCAACAUUUCAUGGAAUAUGUUCGAGUGACUUUGUCAGCCAACGAUGGAUCGAUGUAUUGAGACGGGUUAAACAUCCGUACGCACCAUUGGACUGGCGUAACAUCGCAUUUUCACAAUUUCAACUUCUAGCAAAUCUUUGCAAACUGACAGAAACGAUUGUGAAAGAUGCCAUUGAUCGAUUUAUGAUUCACUCGUUUAUUAGUUCGGGUGUGCCAACUGAAAGCGAAUUUAUUACACAAUUCAAUGAAAUAUUCAAGCAAUUCUUUGUAUCAACGAAGCGUUCUUUUAGUCAUCUGAUUAGUGUCGAUCGUCUGAUUGAAAACGUCGAUCAACCUUACAUGAAGUCGAGUGAUAAAUUGAUUCGUUUAUUUCAACCAGAUCUGGUGGUAAACGAUGUCGAAGAUGAAACAAAUGGUGAAAAGUCGCUGAAUUUCGUAUUUCGUUUCACGCCAAGCGAUGCCAAUAAUUCAACAUAUUCUGAUUGUUUUUGUAUUGUCGAUCCUCAUUGCCACAGAGCAGCUCUUAUUUAUAACUACGAUAUCAAGUCUCGCGAGGAUCCAACUCCAACAGUUUCUUAUCUGUUACCAGAAUGGAAACAAAGUUGUUCUAAUAUAGAUUCUCUUCUCUUGUCGAAUCUGAACUGUUUAUAUUCGAUGGAUUGUUUAUCACGCAUGGUACGGCAAGUUAAAAUAUUAUUCCUUUUAACCUAUGUAUCCCAUUCAGAUCCGUUGUGGUUUGAGCCCCGUCCUCUGCUUUAUAAUUCAACAGUUAAUCAUUUCUCUCCAACAAUGUCAAUUGGUGAGGUACUUAACGAUAUUAUGGUAGAAGAUUGGAAUCCAUCUGUUUCCUAUGAAAAUUUCUAUGAAAGUUGCGCACCGACUCAUUGUACUUACACCAAACGAGUUCGUGUCAAAAGUUUAUUUGAAGCAAUAGUCACAAUGAUAUCCAUGAUCGGUGGUCUCAUGCUUGCAGUGCGAUUAUGCACAAUUGUUUUAGUUAAGUCAAUUCUUUAUCUAUGGAUGCGAACUGUGAAACAUACGACCGAAGAACAAGAACAAACACAAGAUCAGUCGAAUAAUUAUGCGAUUCAAAUAAAGUUUCGUGAUCAAGCAACAACAUACAUCCGAAAAGUGAUUGCAAGUUUUCUUCACAUUAUCUCCAAUUUGAAUACAUUUCAUGUGCGCGAUUUCAACCCUAAUCUCAGUCGUGCCGCAACUCGACAUCGUGGUCGAUGGGCAACUCGUCUUUACAUUACUCUAUUUCUUUUAAGCAAUAUCAUUUUAAUUGUUUAUACUGUUAUUCAACCACAAUCGACGACAAAAAUAUUUGAUCAACCAUCACUUGAUCAUUAUCAGCAUCUUACCAAGAUUUACAGUGAAAAACUUCAAUGUUCAUGUUCAAAUAUAGUAUCAAAGUAUGAAACAUUUGUUCGAAUCCAAGCGAAACAUCAUCCCAUUUGUACAAGUUCAUUUGUAUUGGAUGAAUGGCAAACGAACAUCUCGAAGAACAUUAUCUAUAAUUUGUUUGGCAAUCAAAAAACGGAUUAUCGUCUUUUUCUCUUGGCACAUUUGAAUUAUCUGCAAGGAUUGUGUUCGAAUUCAAUGAAGAUUGUUGAAAAUGUCAUUAAUCAAUUUCAUUCUACAUUAUUAAUCACCAAAGAACUUUGGACAAUAAAGGAAUUUCAUGAGAACAUAAAUAAUUCCAUUGAACAAACGAUAUCGAAUGCUCCACAUACAUUUCUGAAUUUUCUUUCAUUACUUCGACUUAUCUAUCAUGGUAAUGCAUAUAUUUCAAUCUACCAAACCAAUCACAAAUAUAUUUUUCCUUGGGAUCAUUUCACUAAUGUUUAUGUUCCAACUGAACCGAUGAUUUAUGAUGAAAAUUGUUCUUGUGGAUUAACUUCGAAUUGCGUGACUCAAGCGGGAUUUUUUCAUCACAAGAAUUUUAUUAAAAUUCCAGGAUUAAAGAUGGGUUGUUUACCAAGUGAAUCACUUCUUUCUUCAACUCUUGAAUGUUUUUCUAAUCAAACAUGUUUAAAUAUCAUUCAGCAAUAUACGAAUUUGACUAAUCGAAUUUUACCAAUUCCUUUACCCGGGAAUAAAGUUUUCAUUAACAAAACAGUGAAUGAGUUGAUGAAUGAUCUAUUUGUUGAAUCAUGGUCAAAAAAUCCCAAUUACACAUCGUAUUUUAAUCAAUGUUCACCAUCCGUUUGUUUAUAUAAUUAUAAUCAAAGAUUUCAUUUGCUUAAUUUGAUCACAUUUCUACUUAGUUUACAUAAUGGUUUAUCGAUUGUUCUCAAAUGGAUUUGUCCACGAAUCAUUGAAAUUCUUUUCAACAUUGAUCGAUAUCGAAAGAAACGAGCAAAUAUUAUUCGUUCUCAAUCGAUAGAAACGAUUCAUUCGGCAGUCGAACACACUACCAUCAGUGCAAUACAUUAUGAAAACCCUAUUCGAGGCCUCCAAUGUUCGUACAAAGUCAUCAAUGCUUGUUUUAUGUUCAUAUUUCUGCUGAUAGGCCUUCUUCAUUUUUCUAUUUAUAUCGCAUCAAAAGAGACUUCACCUCCAAUGAAUGGAAAUUUGAUUACAAGAGAAUUCGAAUCAACAACGACAGAAACAACAACAUCAACAGAAAUAUUACUAUAUUCUAUACCAACUGAAGCAAUUGAGAUAAAAACACUUGCUUGUGAUAAAUUAAAUUCGAUCAUGGUUGAAGAUUUAAAUAAUGAUUCUCAACCGGAAUUGAUCUUCUUUUGUGAAAGUACUUCGGCUAUUCACGUCGUAAUGUCUUCUGAAGACGGAUUUUUUCGAAACGAAACAAUUCCUCUGAUACUUGACGUUUCCUCACUUUCUUAUAUGAGCUCUAGUGAUUUAAACAAUGAUCACCUACUCGAUCUGAUCUGUUUGGAAGCGGAUACCGGAGAAUUGUUUCUCUUAUUCAAUAUGGGAAACAUGACUUUUGAGCAAAUUAACACAGUGAUAUUUCCAGGUGAUCUUCAGUCAAUAAUAGCAGUUGAUUUAAAUAAUGAUCACCUACUUGAUCUGAUCUGUUUGGGCAAAGACACUGGAGAAUUGUUUACCUUACUCAAUAUGGGAAACAUGUCGUUUAAACUAAUUAACAAAAUGCAAUUUUCAGGUUUUUUUACUAUAACACCAGUUGAUUUAAAUAAUGAUAAAUGGAUGGAUAUUAUUAUUACAUUACGGUCUCUAGAUGUCGUUGAUGUGUUCCUUGGAGAUGGUACUGGAAUGUUUGUCCACCGCACUUCGCUGUACUGUGAGCCAAAGAGUUUGCCAUCAUCAGUUGCGAUUCAUGAUUUGAAUCACGAUGGAUAUUUAGAUAUAAUCAUAGCUCUUCAAUCUGCUCAUGAUCUUGCGAUUUAUCUGGGACAUAGAAAUGGAUAUUUUGAUAGAUUUUCAAUAUUCUCUCCUAGAUAUGAUUCUCAGCCUAAAGAUCUGAUACUCGUAGAUUUGAAUAUGGAUAAUCAUUCGGAUAUUGUUUUUGGUGGUCGGAAAGCGGUUAAUAUCAUGUUUGGAUCCGAGAACUUGACUUUUGGUACUUUGUACAAACUCACUUGUGAUGGUGACCGAAUCGGGAUAAUGACUGUGACCGAUUUCGAUUGUGAUAGACAAUUGGAUUUGAUUAUUGCGCAAUAUGAUCCACUUGAUAUAGUUGUGUUCACGGUAUCGACCAAUGAAGGUAUUCAACGGAAAUCAAUAGGUGUGCCUGAAAGUAUUCAAUCAUGGGGUACGGAAUAUCGUAUCUUUACUAAUGAUUUGAAAAAGAAUGGUUAUCAAAAUAUUUUUAUCAUUAAUCAACUUACAGGGGAUGCUUUUAUGUUGGUAAAUAAAGCUGAGAAUUGUUUGAAGGGUAUUAUUCAUUUGAACAAUUUCACUUUUCAUUAA